CCGACACCUCAGCCCACCAUGGCCUUCACAGCGCUGCUCCUCGCAAUCGCCGCGUACCUCGCACCACUGCUCCUGGUCUCGGGGAUGCCGUCCUUCGACGGUGUCACAUCCUGGUCGACGAUGAACACGCUCGUCCCGGGCAUGUCGCAGCUCCAGGGGCUCGGCCCUGCCGCCGCCGCCGCAGGCGAGGUCAACAGCGUACCCUUCUACAUGUCUAUCGCAGCGCCCCGCGGCCUCCCGGGGAACGUGACCAUCUACCGGAACAAGUCCCCGCCGCUGUUCUACAUCCACCAAAACCAGCUCUGGCACUACCACAACGAGUCCACGAUCCUCCCCGUGAACGUGCAGAACUCGACGCAGGCCGCGGGCCUCCCGCUGCAGAUGGUCGCGGACCCGCAGCCCGGCGGCGUCCCCGGCGGCCGCUGGCGCUGGCAGGGCACCAUGCUCUUCUACGAGAACGGCCCGCAGAAUAACCAGGGCCUCUUCUACUCGUGCCAGGACGUGAACGGCCUCAACGGGCUCUUCCUCUUCCUCCAGUGCUCUCCGCCUCCAGCGGGAUGCACGCCGUUCACCAUCCACAGCUUCAGCAGCAGCAGGAUGACCCACUAAGGCUGCGGAAGCCGGAAGACAACGACGACGACACCAACGCAUGUACACUAGAUCCCUGUAUCAAUUAGA